AUGCUCGAUGACGAGACGGCGUUGUCCUCCUUCGUCGAUGAAUUCCUCGCCCCCGAGCCUGGACCAGCGGCGUUGGUGGCUCAGCGCGAGCGUCUCCCUCACUUGGUCCACCCGACUCUGAUGCUGCCAUGGAAACCGUCUGCCACGGCGCAGCCAUCGCUCGAGCUGUCGCAGGACUGCCGCGCCGCUGCAGCCGUGCAGGCUCUCACACGCAGCGCUUGCGCCAUGUCGCACCCGAGCGUACUCGGCCUCUUCCGCGUGGAGCAGAACGACGAGACGGUGCAAGUGGUCGAGGCGGCCCUGCUCCAGCCUCGCUGGGUGCCGCGGCAAAAAUCA